GCAGAGAAGGAGAUCGAUGGCGGAAUUCAAACAGAAAGCUUUUGGUUUGGCAGCGACAGACACCUCCGGCGUUCUCUCUCCCUUCCAUUUUUCUCGCAGGGAUAAUGGAGAUGACGAUGUGACAAUCAAAAUCCUCUACUGUGGAGUUUGCCAUUCUGAUUUGCAGAGUGUGAAGAAUGAUUGGGAACUCACUCAGUAUCCUAUUGUGCCAGGGCAUGAAAUUUCUGGUGUUGUGACCAAAAUCGGCAACAAUGUUGAGAAGUUCAAGGUUGGUGACAGAGUCGGGGUUGGGGUGCUAGUGAACUCAUGUAGGACAUGUGAUGUCUGCCAACAAGACCUUGAGAGCUACUGCCCUAAAAUGAUAUUCACAUACAACUCCACCGAUAAAGAUGGCACAACAACAUAUGGUGGUUACUCUGAUACAGUUGUUGUUGACCAACAUUUUGUGCUUCGAUUCCCUGAGAACGUGCCAUCAGAUGCUGGUGCUCCUCUGCUCUGUGCUGGAAUCACUGUCUACAGCCCAAUGAAAUACUAUGGAAUGACUGAGGCUGGAAAGCAUUUGGGUGUUGCUGGACUUGGAGGGCUUGGCCAUGUUGCGGUCAAGCUCGGGAAGGCUUUUGGGCUGAAAGUUACUGUUAUCAGUACCUCCCCGAGAAAGAGAGAUGAAGCCCUAAACAAGCUUGGUGCUGAUGCUUUUGUUGUUAGUACUGAUGCUUCUGAUUUGCAGGCUGCAACCGGCACAAUGGAUUUCAUCAUUGAUACCAUUGCUGCAGUUCAUUCGUUGGCUCCAUUGCUAAGCCUGUUGAAGAUGAAUGGAAAACUUGUAACAGUGGGAUUGCCCGAUAAGCCUCUCAACCUUCCUAUUUUCCCUCUAGUUUCCGGUCGAAAGAUGAUUGGUGGAAGUGAGUUUGGUGGUAUUAAAGAGACGCAGGAAAUGCUCGACUUCUGUGGGAAGCAUGGCAUAGCAGCUGACAUUGAACUGAUUCGUGCGGACGAGAUAAAUGCUGCUAUGGAACGACUUGCCAAAUCUGACGUUAGGUACCGUUUUGUGAUCGACAUUGGAAAUUCCAUCAGCAAUCUCUGAGAUAGCUUCCCCAGGUGUGCACAAACCGAACCGGACCAGCGGUUAAUCGCCGGUUCAUGAACCGGAACCGGGACCGGAACUGGCGAUUUGAACCGGCCGGCGGUUUCACGGUUCAUAAGGGCUGGUUCAGGUUCGGCAAUAUAUUGAACCGUGAACCGGCGGUUCGAACCGCCGGUUCAAAGGGUCAAAUAGUGUUUCGUAGGUUAGGGGUUCGUAGGGUUCAAGUAGGGGUUUAGGAUAGCCGGCGGUUUACAGUUGGAACCGGCCGUUUUCGGGUUGAACCGCCGGUUUGGGAGCCGGUUUCCGCCGGUUUCGGCAACUUUUCAGAGGCUAGGUCGUAGAUUCAGUGUUUAGGCCAGCAAAAACCGGUCAGAAACCGCCGGUUUUCUGACGCAAACCGUGGACGAACCGCCGGUUUCGGGUUGAACUGCCGGUUUCGGCGGUUUUCGGCAGAAUUCAAAUUUUCAAUUUUUUUUUUUUUUUUUUUUAUUUCAUCCAAUUUUACUCCUAUAAAUACCCCACGUCUCCUUCAUUAUUCCUUGCCCCAUUCUUUAGUUUUCAGAAUUUCAUUCUCAAUCUCCAUUUCUCUAUUCUCUCCUCAUUCUCUCUAAUUGCGCAAGUUUAAUUCUACACUUUCUACUCACUACUAUAUUUGUUGUGCUCAUAAUUUA